UCGCCUCCAUCGUGGCCGAGUUCGGCACGUUCCCCGUGGACCUCACCAAGACGCGGCUGCAGGUGCAGGGGCAGAGCACGGACGCGCGGUUCCGCGAGGUUCGGUACCGGGGCAUGUUCCACGCGCUCUUCCGCAUCUGCCGCGAGGAGGGCGGACGGGCCCUGUACUCGGGGAUCGCCCCGGCGCUGCUGAGACAGGCGUCCUACGGCACCAUCAAGAUCGGCAUCUACCAGAGCCUGAAGCGGCUCUUCGUGGAUCGCAUGGAAGAUGAAACCUUGCUCAUCAAUGUGAUCUGUGGGGUGGUCUCGGGGGUCAUCUCCUCUGCACUGGCCAAUCCCACAGAUGUGCUGAAGAUCCGAAUGCAGGCUCAGGGCAGCUUGUUCCAGGGUGGGAUGAUUGGCAGCUUCAUUGACAUCUACCAGCAGGAAGGCACCCGAGGCCUCUGGAGGGGCGUGGUCCCCACGGCCCAGCGAGCGGCCAUCGUGGUGGGGGUGGAGCUGCCAGUCUACGACAUCACCAAGAAACACCUGAUCCUGUCGGGCCUCAUGGGGGACACCAUCCUCGCCCACUUUGUCUCCAGUUUCACCUGUGGGCUGGCAGGGGCCAUCGCCUCCAACCCCGUGGACGUGGUGAGGACCAGGAUGAUGAACCAGCGUGCCAUCGUGGGCAGCACUGAGCUCUACAGGGGCACUCUGGACGGGCUGGUCAAGACGUGGAAGAGUGAAGGUUUCUUUGCACUCUACAAAGGCUUCUGGCCCAACUGGCUUCGUCUGGGUCCCUGGAACAUCAUUUUUUUUAUCACCUACGAGCAGCUGAAGCGCCUGCCCUUCUGAGAGCUGCCUUCAUCUCACCGCAGUCACCCUCGGGGCUGGCAGCAGAGCCGUGCUGCCGCCUCCCCGCUCACCCCACGCUCCCCAUCCCGUGUCGUGCUGUUCGCUGCCUGGGGGCUGGGCUGUCCCCCCCGCCCCGAGUGCCCGGGCCUGCAGGAGUAUCUUCCGUGAAGAUCUGUGCAUUCCGGUGGCCCUGGGGGCACUGUGGCUGCUGGCUGGCAGCUGUGGGGGUCCUGCCGUGCCCCUGGGGCAGGGCUGGGGCCCGGGAAGGUGCCAUUGCCAUCAUGUUUCUUGCAGAACGUGUCACUCCAUUAAAUUAUUUAUUGACUGGG